GCGCAUGGUACCGUUGGAUAAGACCUUACGGCUUUUGUCCGGUGUGAACAUGUUUUUCUAACAGAUAUAGCUAUUUUCACCACGUAAAUCUAUUGUUAUAUCUUUAUGAUACAUUCACCAACACAGCAAGUUACUUUAGAUAUCCAACAUAACAAGGGAGGUUAGGAAAAUUAGAACAUACAGUCUUAUGUUUGUAUUCAUUAAUUUCUUAUCCAAUCACCUGAAGUCUCAUUGAAUGUUAAAAGUUUCUCUACACAUUUUCAACCAAUCCAAAGCUGCUUUAUAAGCAUGACAACUGAUAUUUUCCCGGAAAUGUAUAUUUUUCAGAUGAUUUUAGUUUUUAUCUGUUGGCGUAGUGGUGGUUCCCGAGCGAUACAGGCUAUACACCACCAAAAUACUUAACAACAAAGAAUUCAAGUGUUUGUUAUACAUGUAUCGAACAUGCUAUGUAAGACAGCACAUUGUGAAACUUAAUUGAGGUAAAUAAAGUGUGUUUUCACAUUUAUAACGCCAGUAAAUGAUCACCUGAAAGCCGAUAUCAUUAUGUUAGCAAACUGUAAAUGAUUUCUGAGGCUGACAUAUGGAAAGCUUAAUAUUGAGGCAGAUUGGUUUUCAAAACUUAAAAACGGAACAUACCCUUACAAUUGCCUUUAUACGGAUAGUAAAAUUGUAAUGAAAGCAGUGUUAAAAACAGUUUGUGUUUUAAUUUGUUUCAUUAUGCUUAUAAAGGCAUUUGGAUUAUAUGACAACUCAUAUUGUUCAUUGUUGUACAAGAACCUGAAAAGUACUUCCUCACAGCAAUGCUUACACAACCGCUUUACUACUGAGAGAGAUAUUCUAGUUCAACAGCGAAAUGGUAUUUCUAAACUGUUAAAUCAAAAGCAAAAAGUCAACGGCCAAAUGAAAUGCAACUAUUUAAAAGACACAAACACAUCUGCCUACCAGACAACCGAAGAAGGGGGCUGGUGCCCGAUAGCCACAAAGACAAAACAUUUAGGAUUUGAUAGAAGUCUUGCUACAACUUUGGCACACUUUUUCAAAGGAAAAACUGUAGGAAGUUUUGGAGACGGUCCUGGGGCAUACAAAAUGGCAAUACUGGCUACAGGAUUGGUAAAAGAGUAUGACGCGUACGACGGAGCACCGUUUUGUGAAGAUACAAGUAAUGGCUCUGUUCUUUUUCUUGAUCUAUCCAUACCACAGUAUGGGCUUCCUGUUUAUGACUGGAUUCUGUGUCUCGAAGUUGCUGAACAUAUACCAGAAGAAUUUGAAGCUAUAAUGAUAGAUAAUAUCAAGCGACAUGCUCGUGAAGGAGUAAUUUUAAGUUGGGCUACACCUGGGCAGGGAGGUUAUUCGCACGUCAAUAAUCGAUCUCCAGAAUAUGUAAUUGCUGAAAUGGAAAAAAUAGGAUUUCACUAUGAUGCACAAGAAACAGAAAACAUCAGAAAAGGUGCAAAGCAUAGAAAUCUUAAGCGAAAUAUUAACGUUUUUCUACGAACUGUGGUCAAUAACUUGGCAGUUAAUGCUUGAUGCAAUUGUUUAGAUAAAAAGGCAAUAUAUUCCGUAAGGUUUAAAGUAUAUUUGGAGUAGUUUGAACAAACGUAUACUUUCAUUAUCAAUAUCAGUGGUUUUUGUUCAAAUGCCAGUUUUAAUUUUUCAAACGUAUAGAAAUAUUUACAAUACUUGAUAAAGAACGUCUGGUACAUCUAAGAAUGUAUCCGUGCAAACUAUGAAUCAAUAUUACAAAAAUAUUCUCUGCGAGUAUAAAAAAUGCAUUUUUGUGCAUUCAUGGAUGUUUAUGUGUACAUGUGCUCAUACUGUGUAUAUGUAUAUAUUUACCCGUUCGCAGCUCAUAUACUUUUACCUGUUUCUGGCAUAAAUAUACAUGGCACAGAACUUUAACCGUUCCAUGAACGUGAAAAAGUGUUUCUGUCGCACAUUUACCCGGCAAGGUGCUGCUGUAGCACAUGUACAGGAAAAAGUGCGUCUGCCGCACAUAAACUAUUUAGUGAUUUUGACGCACAAAUACAGGGAAAUUGCUGCACAAAUAUGGAAAACUGCUUUUUUCUCAAACAAUUCUCGACAAAUAGGUUUAGCAGCACAUAUACAGCAAAUUGCUUCUGCAGCAGAUACGCGGGGAAAUUUUUCUGCUGCACAUGUUCGACAAAGUGAUGGUACUUCACGAAAACCAAAUAGUGCUUUUGACGCAUAUCUACAUGACAUUAAUGUUUGUUUCACAUCACCGACGACGUGUUUUGGUCGUACAAAUAUAAAACAGGGCUUCUUCACUCAUUAACGGUGUAAAGUGCUUUGCCAUAAAUAUACAUGCUAAAGUGCUUUAUCUAUACAUUUAUGGAGUAAAAUGUUUCUACCACAAUGGUACGGGGUGCGUGACUAAGAGCUUCUAUCACAUUUAUACGUGGAAAAGUGCUUUUGCCACACAGUCACACGGGGCAAGUAACUUCUGUAACGCAAAAAUAACUGACCAAGUGCUUUUGACACACAUAUAGUGGGCAAAGUACUUUUGACAUACAUGUACAGGGCAAAGGUCUUUUUCACAUAUGUACUAUGCAAUGUGCCAAGCAACAUAUAUAGUGUGCAACGUAAUUCUUCCAUGCAUAUACGGGGAAUAAUGUUUCUGUCACACAUAUAGGGGGCAAUUAACUUUUGUAGCACAUACAAAGCAACGUGCUUCUGUCGCUAAUAAAAGGGACUAAGUGCG